AUGACGUUCGUGGUGAUUGUGAUGCUGGCAGUUCAACUGGCAUUUGUGGCAGCGCAAGAGAAUUGGCUGGAUUUAGAACACUCUAUUAAAGGGAAAUUUUCUCAACAUGAUUGGCUGGAUGUUUGUAGAACUGGCAACAAGCAGAGUCCGAUCGAGCUGAACGAGGCAUAUACCAUACCCCUAACAACAGAGCUCCAUAUUGUCAACGAAUCAAUGGAGCAGCCGCAUCUGGCCCUGCUCUACAACGGAUAUGUGGUUAUUAUGCACAACUUCACGCACAGGAUUCGGCUGAGUGGCCGCAAGGAGUUCAGGGAUCUGAGCUAUGUGGCCGAGCAGAUCCACUUCCAUUGUGGGGCCGAGCAUUUACUGGAGCGUGAGCGCCAUGACAUGGAGGUUCAGAUCGUAUUCCGCAACGAGUCGGCGGCCAGUCUGAAAGAGGCCCUGAACCAGACGAAGGGGCUGGUUAUUGUAAGCAUCGUCUUUGCGGUCUCCAAUGUGCCCAGCCGGGCCAUUGCCGCCAUUGUGGAUACGCUGCGCGGUCAGCCUAUCGUGGAUGAGGCCACAUGGAGGGUCAAUGAAAUGAACUCGAUAUUCCUCAUGAGGGAGCUAUACGGUGAAAUAGGAGCGUACUAUCAGUAUCACGGAUCCUCGACAGUGCCCGGAUGCAUCGAGAAUGUCGAGUGGAUCGUCAAGGCCAGUGUGCAGAGCUUAUCACGGGAUCAGAUGGACACCCUGUGCAAUGUGGGAGAAGGCUCUAGUUUGGCACGGGCCCACAUGAGCUAUCGACAGCUGCAGAACUCCAAUUCGCGACGGGUUUUCUACUUUAAAGAAAGCCACGCCGACAAUAUACGUGUGUUCUGGACUAGAGCCCGGUUUAUUUAUACAUUUUUGUAUGGCGUCACUAUUUUGUAUUCUUGA